AGGUGGUAUAAUCUCCAACACAGAAGGUUCCUAUCGCGAAGACAAUUCAAUAUGAGCGAAAGGUAUAAGCGAUCACACCGUAGCCUCCCUCUCCUAAAGCUCUUCACGUUCGAGCUUCACCCCCUGCCCUGUUUCUGUUCCCGUCUCCUCACUGCAACAUUCCAUUCUAUUCAAAAUCAUCAUUAAUUGUAAUCAUCACUCGCCAGAUCUGAACUCCCAAUUACCCAACCAAAAAGAAAAGUGUAAUCAACAAGAAAUUUGAACAUAUUCAAUUGAGAAAUGUCGAGCGACAGCGACGACAUGGACGAGGACGAGCUCCUCCAGAUCGCGUUGAGAGAGCAAGCGCAGCGCGAUCUGAACUACCACAAGCCCCAGUCUUCGCGGCCGUCGAAGCCGGUGGUCAACUACGUCCAGCCGCCUCCGCCGCCUCCGUCGCAGUCUCGCUUCGCUAAAGAGCAUCAGAGGGGCAGUGCAGCGCAGAAGAACCCUAGCUCCAUGCAGAAAGCGCGGCGUGUUGUGGAUGAGGACGAUGAUUCGGAAGUGGAGAUGCUCAGCAUUUCUUCUGGGGACGACGACGACUCGUCCAAGGACCGAGGGUAUGCGGGGAAGAGUAGACCCGGGAGGGCAGGGAGGGAGGACAGUAUCGGGGAUAAGGGGUGGGAUGGGGACGAGCCGAAUUGUUGGAAGCGGGUUGAUGAAGCUGAGCUUGGUCGUAGGGUUCGUGAGAUGCGGGAGACAAAGGCAGUGCCUGUGGCUCAAAAGUUUGAGCGUAAGACAUCUUUGCCUGGUAGAAAGGGCCUUAACAAUUUACAGUCCUUCCCUCGGGGUAUGGAGUGCGUCGAUCCACUAGGAUUGGGGAUAAUAGACAACAAAUCAUUAAGGUUGAUCACUGAUACAUCUGAAAGCUCUCCAUCUAAGCUUGAUAGAGAUGUUCAAGAUAGCAAUCUUCGCGAGAAAUUGAUAUAUUUCUCGGAGAAAUUUGAUGCGAAGCUAUUUCUGUCCCGAAUACACCAAGAUACAACUGCAGCAGACCUGGAGGCUGGUGCUCUUGCUUUGAAAACUGAUCUUAAAGGGCGAACACAGCAGAAAAAACAAUUGGUGAAAGAAAACUUUGAUUGCUUUGUCUCUUGCAAAACUACAAUUGAUGAUAUUGAAUCGAAGUUGAGACGAAUUGAAGAGGACCCUGAAGGUUCAGGAACUUCUCACUUGUUCAACUGUAUUCAAGAAGUUAGUUCCUUGGCAAAUCGUGCUUUUGAGCCUUUAUUUGAGAGACAGGCUCAAGCUGAGAAGAUCCGGUCUGUCCAAGGAAUGCUUCAGAGGUUCCGAACACUAUUUAACUUGCCUAGCACAAUUCGUGGGAGCAUUAGCAAGGGCGAGUACGAUUUGGCUGUUAGGGAGUACAGAAAAGCAAAAUCAAUUGCCUUGCCUUCUCAUGUGGGAAUAUUGAAACGUGUUCUUGAGGAGGUUGAAAAAGUAAUGCACGAGUUCAAAGGCACGCUUUACAAGUCUAUGGAAGAUCCUCAAAUAGAUCUUACUAGUCUUGAAAACACCGUGAGGCUGUUGUUGGAGCUGGAGCCUGAAUCUGAUCCUGUGUGGCACUAUUUAAAUAUACAGAAUCACAGAAUCCGAGGUUUGCUCGAAAAAUGCACCUUGGAUCAUGAGGCAAGGAUGGAAACCUUGCAUAAUGAAAUACAUGAAAAAGCCUUGUCUGAUGCAAAGUGGAGGCAAAUUCAACAAGAUUCAAGUCAAUCUUCAGAUGCUGACUAUUCUACACUUGGGAACUCCCAUCUGCUGGUAGAUUCACAGCCAGUAGACUUGACUGGUGAAGAUGUUGAUGCUCUUCGGGGAAGGUAUAUCCGGAGGUUGACUUCUGUUAUUAUCCAUCACAUACCAGCCUUCUGGAAAGUAGCGUUGUCUGUUUUCAGUGGGAAAUUUGCCAAGUCUUCCCAGGUCUCUGCUGAACCAAAUACCAAUAUUUCUGCAAAUAAACCUGAUGAAAAAAUUGGGGAUGGAAAGUACUCCAGUCAUUCACUUGAUGAAGUUGCUGGAAUGAUUCGCAGUACUUUAUCUGCAUAUGAAGUUAAGGUCCAAAAUACAUUUCGCGAUCUUGAAGAAUCAAAUAUUCUUUGCCCAUACAUGAGCAAUGCCAUUAAAGAUAUAUCUAGAGCAUGCCAAGCUUUUGAAGCAAAGGAAUCAGCUCCUUCUAUAGCUGUUAUGGCUCUGCGGAUGCUUCAUUCUGAGGUUACAAAGGUUUACAUACUCAGGCUUUGCUCAUGGAUGCGAGCAUCUACAGAGGAGAUAUCAAAAGAUGAAUCAUGGGUCCCAGUAUCUAUCCUUGAAAGAAACAAAUCUCCAUACACUAUCUCUUUCUUGCCAUUAGCAUUCCGUUCAGUUAUGACUUCAGCAAUGGAUCAGAUCAAUCUGAUGAUUCAAUGUUUAAAGAGUGAGGUUACAAAGUCAGAAGAUAUAUUUAUGCAGCUUCAAGAAAUUCAAGAAUCUGUCAGACUUGCAUUUUUGAACUGUUUCCUGGAUUUUGCUGGUCAUCUAGAGCGUCUUGGAGGUGAGCUUGCUCAAAACAGAUCAAGCAAAGAAAAUUCACAUUUGCAAAAUGGAUUUUCUCAUGAGGCAGAAGAAAAAUCAUCUGAUCUUUUCCUGGGAAGUGUUACUGAUCCACAUCAACAAUUGUUGAUGGUAUUAAGUAAUAUUGGAUAUUGUAAAGAUGAACUUUCUCAUGAUUUAUACAAGAAGUACAGACAUAUCUGGCUGCAUUCUAGGGUAAAAGAUGAAGAAGAUAGCGAUAUACGAGAUUUAGUAUUGUCUUUCACUGGGCUUGAAGAGAAGGUCCUUGGCCAGUAUACAUUUGCAAAGGCUAAUUUGAUUAGAACAGCUGCUAUGAACUAUUUGUUGGAUGCUGGAGUUCAAUGGGGAGGAGCACCUGCUGUCAAGGGUGUGCGUGAUGCUGCUGUGGAGUUACUGCACACAUUAGUAGCUGUACAUGCUGAGGUCUUUGCUGGAGCUAAGCCCUUGCUUGACAGAACGCUCGGUAUCCUCGUGGAAGCCCUGAUUGAUACUUUUCUGAGUCUUUUCCAUGAAAACAAAACCAAGGAUCUUAGAUCAUUGGAUGCAAAUGGUUUCUGUCAGCUGAUGCUUGAGCUUGAAUAUUUUGAAACCAUAUUAAAUCCAUAUUUUACACCUGAUGCAAGAGAGUCACUGAAAUCUUUACAAGGGGUUCUGUUGGAGAAAGCCACAGAGGGUGUGUCAGAGUCUGUUGAGAGUAUGGGGCAUCAGCGGCGGUCAACUCGAGGGAGUGAAGACGCACUUACAGAUGAAAGACAGCAAGGAAUGACCAUCUCACCAGAUGACUUGAUUGCUCUUGCGCAGCAGUGUAGCUCUGAGAUACUUCAAGGAGAGCUUGAAAGGACUCGAGUCAACACAGCAUGUUUUAUGGAGUCAAUUGUACUAGACUCGGUUCCCGAAUUUGCAAAGGCUGCUUAUACGUCCUUUAGAAGUCCGAUGGACUCUCCCAGCCGAAAUUAUAGGGGCACACAAUCCAUCAGUUCCCCAAGUUUUUCCAGGCAUAGACGUAGAUGAAUUUAGUAAUCAGAUGCGUGCUUGUUGACUUGGCCCCAUAUUUGUUUGUGCAGUUGUAUUGUGUUAAUAAUUUCCAAUUUUGAUUAGUGAGGUUCUUGUAAUCAUAAUUAUUUUUCAUCACAAUCUGUGUCCCUUGUUUGUGCUGCCCCGCUGUGUGCGCUCCGGAACUCUGUUUGCUGAUUCAUUAAACUUGGAACUCCUGGGAUAUUUUAGGAUCAAUUCUUAAAGUGUAAAUGUUGGCUUUUAUAAAUUAUUACAAAGACACGCAGUUAAUUGUUUGA